AUGAGGCUCGGCGAGGUGCGCGUGGCCGAUGAGCAGGACUUCGAAGAGCUCGCCUUCGUGGUGGACAGCCUGGACGGCUGGAAACUGGACUAUUUCCAGGCGCCGCUCCGGGUCUGGGUGAAGCCCGCUACCAACACCAACUUCCACAUGAUCAAGGUGAAGACGAUGUUCAGCGACGUUUCUGCGCCGGUGUUGUACGACGUGCUGCACGACUCGGAGUACCGCCGCACCUGGGACCGUUUUAUGCUCGCCUCCAGCCCGAUCGGCUGCCUCAACGCCUCCAACGAGCUGAGCUACUACGCUGCCCGCUGUCCGCCGCCGCUGCGCAACCGCGACAUGGUGCUGCUGCGCUCCUGGCUGGCCGACGAGCGCGCCUACUACGUCAUGAGCCACUCGGUGUUUCACGCGCAGCACCCGCCGCGGCCGGGCUUUGUGCGAGCCUUCAGUCACCUGACCGGGUUCGUGAUCCGUCCCCUGAGCCCGCGCGGCUGCGAGCUGCACUAUGUGACCCACGCCGAGCCUGGUGGACGGCUGCCCGCCUGGCUGGUCAACAAGGUGACGCAGACGCUGGCGCCGGGCCUGGUGCGCCGGCUCCACAAAGCCGCCCUCGCCUACCCUGCCUGGAAACGGAAACACGACACCGUCCACAAGCCCUGGCUGAACCCGGAACAGAUGAGCCCGGUUCGGGUCGACCUCAGUUUGUGCCGCCGCAGUCCCCUGGAGGAGAACGAGCCCGCCCCUGACGAGUCUGAAGUGAAGAUCGAUAGUCGCAUUGGCGAAAACUACCUGAAGCUUGCAGAUUGA